GAAAAUGGCGGCGUCAAGUUCUGCCAAAUUUUUUGUACAUCAGAAUCAAAAUAAAGCAAAUAACAGUGCUGUUUCUGCUUUCUCUGCUGAUAGUGACGUUGCUGAGUUCAUUGAAACGUCGGAAAAUGUGGAUAAAAAUUUGGGAAAACUCCUUACAAAUAAUACUAAAAGUGAUGUGAAUAUUAAUCAUAAGUAUAACGUCAAUACGUCAAACGAAGAUUUGGAGCACUUUGCUUUCGUUGACAUUGAAGAGAAAAUUUCUGCCACAACUGUAAUUGUUAAAAAGCCUCACAAAACUAAUGCUGUUGUGAACGAUCAUGAGUCUCACAAAAACGCAACAAAUAACAUUAUAACUGAAGAAGAUAAAAAUAAUACAAAAAAAAAGUCAACUGGUAAGGAAGUCAAUAACAAUUUGGUCAAUUCAAAAAUAAAUUUAUCAUAUACGGAACAACCUUUGCUGCUUCAUACCUACACCUCAAACAAUAAUCAACCAAAGAAUAAAAAUGAAUUCAUAACACCUGGAAACUUCGCACAAAAUAUUACGCCUGAACAAACGUUCUAUAAAAGCUCUAUUGAAGGUUCAACAAGUUUGCCACAACAACAAUACACUUCAUCAUAUACAUAUAAACAAAACGAAGGAGUAGUAAAUAUAUUGCCACAGGUGUUGCAUAGAUCAGUUGAAAAUAUACAUAAUAAUAACAGCAUAAAGCAUCCACAAUCCGUCAUGAACUCCAGUCAAACAACUCAGGGAGCGCCAGGAAAUCGGAUAACAUUUACAAGUCAAGCAUUACCGAAUGGUACUAUAAAUAUAGGUGGUGGACAUCCUGGUACAGGUUCAACAAUCAUAUCCACUUCUCAACUGCCCAACACAACAACGAUUAAGACAAUAACAUCUAGUGCGGCUGGAGCGCAUCAUCAUGGUUUGCCACAACAAGUACAGGUACAACAUCAUCAGGUACUACAAACACCUCAACAUCAGGGUCAAACGGGCCAUACAACAGCCCAACAGCAACAGCAUAAUAAUGCCCAAUCAGUAGGUGCCACUCAGACACAAACUUUAGUUAUAAAAUCCAAUCAUGCAGUAUCAUUGCCAGCCGGUUUAGUCUCAAGUGCACCAGGAAUAGUAACUAUGACCAAAACCUUAAAUCAGGGAAAUCAACCGAUAUUGAAUUCAAUGAUUCCCGCCAAUGUCGUCGUUGGGAUGCGGCCAUCAACAACGCCGCAACAGCAACAGAAAAAUGUACAAGGCAAUCCAUUGGGGCGCGUGUUGAUUAACGCGCCCCAUAUGGUAACAACAAGGCCACAAAAUCCUGCGAUAACUUUAAGUACACUAAAUCCCGGACAAACGCCUGCACUCAUAUUAAAAACUGAAAAUGGAUUUCAAUUAUUACGAGUAGGAACCGCCUCUGCCUCGGGUCCCGUGACACAAACAAUUGGCACUAAUUCCACAAAUCCAACACAAAUACGCUUGCAAACUGUGCCAGCUGCUGUAAGUAGAAUCACAGGGCCAUCUACAAUAGCACUACGUAAAACGAUUGUAAGAUCAUCCACUACCACCACAACCAACAAUUCCACAACCACCCAGAUUCAUCAACAGAAACAGGCAAUAACGACGAAACAGAUUAAACAAAAUCAACAACAGUCAUCAGUUACGACCAGUAUACAGCAUCUGCAACAACAACAAAUUCACCAACAAACACAGCAUUUGCAUGCGCAACCACAAAUAACGCAGGUCCAAACAAUACCACCGCAACAACCACAUCAGCAACAACACACGAAUACAACAAAUGCUCACAACAGCAACAGCAAUAGCAACCUGAGUGCAGUGAGUGCCGCAAAUGUGACGUCAUCGACCACAGUUUCAGCAACGCAAAAUACAGCAGCGCAAGGUAAUACCAAAGAAAAAUGUCGCAAAUUUUUAGCAAAUUUAAUAGACUUGUCGACGCGCGAACCGAAACCUGUGGAGAAGAAUGUCCGAAAUCUUAUACAGGAGCUGGUGAAUGCAAAUGUGGAACCGGAAGAAUUUUGUGAUCGACUGGAACGUCUAUUGAAUGCAAGUCCGCAACCAUGUUUAAUUGGCUUUCUAAAGAAAAGUCUCCCGCUCCUGAGACAAGCCUUAUUUUCAAAAGAACUGGUUAUCGAAGGAAUCAAGCCCCCACCACAGCAUGUGCUAGGUGCAGUAAACCCUUUGCAGCAAUUACCGAAAAUACAAGCGCAGAUACGUCCCAUAAGUCAAGCUCAGACAACAACUAUUGGACAAACACAAGUAAGAAUGAUUUCACCGGCUGGAGUACCGCCUAGACCGAUUGGUCACACUACAAUAACUAAACAAUCAACUGUACGUAUACAAAGUAACGCAACGGGGCCGCGUUUAGUCAAUACUCAAAUACGUGGUGCGUUACCAGGAACUAUACAACAACAAUUGCCUGCUUCACCACAAUUACAUACAGGACCAACACAAACAAGUAUUGUGCAAAUACGUGGUCCAACAACAAAUCAAAUUACGCGUCCUGCAACUGUACAAAUUAGAGCAACAAAACCUAAAAAUGCUACGGCCAAUUUAACGCAUGUAAAAGUUGGGCAGACCCAAAUCAAAGCUAUUUCAUCAAGUUCUCCCGCCGUCAUUACAACGAAUCAACCCCCCUCACUUGUAGCAAUUUCCAAUAAUAUAUCACAUGUGUCUAUGCCUUCAUCGGUUUCAUCAACUAUACUCUCAACAAUUAAUUCUGUAGCAAAUAAUACAAUGCCACCUUACGUUAUUAGUGGGAACUCAUUGCCAAUACCAUCUUUACCCACAGUCCAAUUGCCACCUGGUAUUAGUAAUUCGCUGGAAUCUAGACCAGAUCUUAAACUGGACAUUAAAAUUGAAAAGAGCAUGCCCACCAUACCCGUUGCAAGCAAAACAGUUAAUAAAGCAGCAUCUUCAACAACUAGUAAAGCAGCAAGUAAAAAGAAGAAAGAACUGUUAGAUAAGGAAAAAGAUGAUAAAUCUGCCAAUUCUGGUUUAGUUUCAACAGUGGCACAUUCGUCGUUUUUUCAACAACCAUCAAUAUCCAUGUCAUCCACAUUAUAUGGAGAGGAUGAUAUAAAUGAUGUAGCUGCUAUGGGUGGUGUAAAUUUGGCUGAAGAAUCCCAACGUAUACUGGGUUGUACUGAAAAUAUUGGUACACAAAUACGUUCAUGUAAAGAUGAAGUAUUUUUACAUUUGCCUGCGCUACAAGCACGUUUACGUGCAAGAUCAUUAGAUUUAGGUUUAGAAGAGUCAUCGCAAGAAGUAGCGGUGCUUCUAUCACAUGCGCUGCAAGAGCGCUUAAAAAAUAUUAUCGAAAAACUUACUGUGAUAACGGAGCACCGUAUUGAAUCUUUAAAGAUGGAUCCUCGUUUCGAAGUUUCGAAAGAUGUGCGAGCUCAACUUAAAUUUUUAGAAGAACUCGAUAAAGCAGAGCAAAAAAGACGCGAAGAAUUAGAGCGUGAAAUGUUAUUACGUGCGGCAAAAUCAAGAUCAAAAGUUGAAGAUCCCGAACAAGCAAAAAUGAAAGCAAGAGCGAAAGAAAUGCAGCGUGCUGAAAUGGAGGAACUGCGUCAAAGAGACGCAAAUAUGACUGCCUUACAAGCCAUUGGUCCACGUAAAAAACUGAAACUGGACGGUGACAGCAUAGGAACCAAUGUGGGCACUGGUGCAAAUGGUGGACUCGGUACAACAGGCAAUACGUCAGCUCCACUCAGACCACGUAUCAAACGCGUGAAUGCACGUGAUAUGCUAUUCUUCUUAGAAUCUGAACGCGACACAAUUCGAAGUGAAAUGCUGUAUAAGUUAUAUUUAAAAUGAUCAACUAUAAAUAACACCUACUAAUGCUAAUGGAUGUUUCAUCAAUUGACAUGUUUUCCUUGAUUUUUUUUUUUUUUUUGACCUAACAUUGUUGACUUCAAAAUUUAAGAGACUUUCCAAACAAAAAAAAAGAUCUUUUGCAAUAUUAUGUUCGCUAGUUUAAGUUUCUUUCUAACAAGCAUUGAUACGAGCUAAUAUAGCAUCAAUGGAACAAAUAAAAAAUAUUCUUUUCUGUACAGUAAUAAUAGUAAUAUUAAAUCAUUAUACA